CUCACCAUUUGCCAACGUCAUUUUCUCCACUCUCUUCUACUCUCUUUUCUUCUUUAUUUCUACUUGUCCUCCCAUCUUUACUUUUACUUUACUACUUUUUUCUCGCGUAUCCCUCUCUUCUUCUCUUUAUUUGCUCCCUCUUUCUUCACCCUUUCUAUUUGUCUUUUUACCUUUACUUUGCUCUAUUUCCUUCUUAUUUACUUUUCAUCUUUUUUUCUGUGUCUCAUUCUCUGUAUUUUACCCACUUACACUUACAUCUCAUUCUUAAAAAUAUUGCCAAUAUGCCUCGCAAGUAUGGUACUACCGUCCAUGUGAGUAGUAGGCGGCCUUUGAUGUUGCGACUCAAGGGCACUGUCAUCCUUGCCAUCUGGCGGCAGCUCCUCCUCAUCGGCCUCUUCUCAGCUAUUGUCUAUCUCAUCUUCAGGUUUAGCAGCUGGAAAAUGCCAUACUCACUUAGUCUCGUUUCAGUGAUGGGCAUGGUUGUCUCCCUCUUACUGGUCUUCAGAACCAACACUGCCUACGAUCGUUACUGGGAAGGUCGUCGUCUUUGGUCUCAAAUGACGCUCUGUAUCCGUAAUUUGACUCGUACUAUUUGGGUCUGCGUACAAGAAACCGAAACCCGCGACUUGCUUGAAAAGAAAUCAGCCAUUAACCUCCUUGUAGCUUUUGCAUUUGCAACAAAGCAUUACCUGCGUGAUGAAUACGGCUACAAUUAUGAUGACAUGAUCAAGCUUCUCUCUCAUAUUCCUAAAUACUCAAUCCCUACCUCCACUCAACCUAUGGAAUCUAAGCAAGCGCUCGCCUUCGACCUCUUGACACCCACCAAUAUUCCUGUGGAAUUGUCAUACUACAUUGGAAGUUAUAUUAAGAGCUGCAGUAACAAAGGCAAGAUUGACGCUUCCUCCGUGACCGUGAUGAACAAUGCUCUUGUCUCAAUGAUGGACUGCCUAACAGGAUUUGAACGCAUUCUCCGUACACCCAUCCCUUUGGCUUAUUCAAUUCACCUGCAUCAUGCCACUUGGAUCUAUCUCCUCGCUCUUCCUUUCCAACUCGUAUCUAACAUGGGUGCUGUCAUGAUUCCAGCCACGAUGUUGGCUGCUUUUACUUUGCUUGGUAUUCUGGGUAUAGGUUAUGAGAUCGAAAAUCCGUUUAAUGAUGAUUACAAUGAUUUGCCACUGGAUGAUUUCUGCAAGGUGAUCCAAGCCGAGGUUGAUUCAAUGGUGGCAGCGAGGGCCCCUGUGCCUGCAGAGUGGAUUUUCUCGGAGAACAAUUACCCAUUGGUCCAGUCGCAUCUCUCUGCUAGAGAUCUGUCCCUUUUAUCUCUAGAUGAAGUUCAUUCGUUAAUGCAGUCUGAAAACCCUCGUUACACCAAAGAGGAAGAGGAGAAGGAAAAGGCAAGGGUCAAGCAUCAAAAGUCUGCUCAGCCCCAGCGCAAGGAUAAUGAUAACGGUGACGGAAAUAUAAGUAGCGUUGCAGCAAUAGGUGUUGGUGCAGAUACUUCGAACGAUUAA